AUGUCUCGACCGUUGGACAGGCAGACUCUGGAGAGCAUGAAUCGCAUCCAGCUCCAGAAACUCUGUAAAGACAACAAUAUCAGAGCGAACCUCAAGACGGAAGCGUUGGUGGAAUCGCUUGUUGACAAGCUGCAGCUCCGCACCCAUCCGCCACCAGUCUCGAAGCCAUCUCGGAUCCCUUCUCUUCCCUCGACGACCCGUUCAACGGCGGGCACUAGCUCGAGAACAGCCUCUGGAGGCUCAGUGACUGCCCGGGACGUCGAAGAGGAUAGCGGAGGAAGGGGGUCCGGGCAGCGUCCAGCUAUUCAAGCUCGCGUCACAGUACCUAUCACACCACAUACGAGAAGGAGGAGACAACAAGAAUACAAAGUGGGCACGGGCCGCGUGAAAUUAACAGCUGGUGCGGAGGCUAGAGGUGUCGCGCAAUCCGUCAGUUUGCCACCUGCAGCGCGAAGAAGGAGUAUCAAAGGCGUCAAGGCCACUGAUGUGGGUCCCUUUGAGGAAGAACAAUUAGCAGCUCCUGUAGCUGGUCCAUCAGGCAGCAGUCAUGAGCUCCCCAAUGGAAUUGUCACGGAAACAACACCACAGAUGCCUCCUUUGGUGACAGAGGUUCGAAUAGACGGGCUGCCAGAACAAAUUAUGCAACCAUUUCAAGAGCAGCUGCAAACGCUACAGACCGAGUUGCAACGGGUAUCCACGGAGUCGGCCGACGUACCUGCACUCACUGCCAAAUUAGAGCAAAUGACACUCGAGGUGCAGGACUUGCGGUCGCAGAUGGCAGCUAUGAGCAACAAGCACAUCAAUCUCGAGACUCAAAUGCAAAUGCUCCGAGACACGAUCGGAGUCCUUCUGCCAGAAUCCGUGAAACGUGCGGGGAAGGCUCGCGCCGUUCCUAUCACAGCGAUGGAUCAUGCAUCGCCUGCAUCUCCUGCAUCUGAAUCAGUCAUAGCCGAGGCAGAUUCUGGUGCUGAAUUGCCACUCGCAGAAACCUUGCUGGGGAAACACUUCAGGGAUUCAGCGAGCAGUUCUACAUCUGGAGGCAGCGACGUUGGCUCCGAGGAAGUGAUCAAUGACAAGAAAAAGCAGGAUAAGGGGCAUCAGCUGGUCAAGUCGCCCAAAAGAUAUCGUCCUGCCAGAAAGCGCGUGAAGGUAUCUACUCAAAGAGCAGAUCCUCCGCUACUAGAAGUCCCAGUAACGCCACCUAGACGAAAUAUAGCGCUCGAGAGCAGAGGAGAGAGUUCAACACCGAGGAGAGCUCAUGGCGCGCCGACGUUCACCGUAUUCAGCGGACCUGAAGAACCUCCAGAAACAUACAUGGAUAACCCUGCUUCGCAUGCCGAAUUCUUAGACCUACCACCGGCUGCAUUCAGUACUCCUAUCGCGAGCAGCGGUCGUGGUCCAACCACUACCACAGCCAACGCGAAUGAGAACGUCCAACAGAGUGACGCAUUUCAUUUCGGCUUCACAAACACUGUAUUCCGUGCGGUCCCUGCAACGCCGACAGGUCCGUAUGGUGUUGGAAUGCCUUCCUUCGCAUACCCGGAGCCGCCAACGUCGCCAACUCCGGGAGCCAGUACGAUGCCGAGUGGAGGGUAUAUCGAGCGAGCGGGUGGACGUCGGGAGAGGAACGACCUCUUUCAUCCAUAUGGUGCUCCCCGUCGUUCACGACGGAGCGGCAGUCUACCUCCGCCUCGAACGCCGCACGCUGGGAGCUCUGCUGAAGAGACUGCACAUGCGCAUAUGCUCUCAUCGCCCAUGCAAACCGAUCGCGUGCCGGAACGAAGCCAAGACGCGCCCACCAUCUCGAGUAACAUUAUCGGUCAAGGGCUCGGGAUGGCUACAUUUCCGAUGUCGCCGGACGCACCGGCUUUGCCGAUGAGACGAACCAUGUAUGGUACAGAGCUGGACUGCGACACCCGCUUCGGGGAUUUCGGCGUCGAGGGUGUCGCUACUGGCUUCUGGACGGGAGCUGCGCCUGGCUUUUGA